AUGAGCUUGCUCGGAUCGGUGCAUGAUGCUGCGCAUCUCAAGUUGCUGGGCAUCACAGCCUACAGCGGCAAGGUAACCUAUGACAAGUGGCAAGUGGAUAAAAAGGAGGAAGAUGAACUGCGACGACAGAAGAUCGCAAGAGCAUUGAAUCCAGAUGGUUGGAGGCAAGAGCUUUUCCAGGAGGAUGAACUGGAGCAGAGGAAGCAAGAACAGCAACAACCCAGCAACAAGGUCAAGGAUGUUCUCAAAGAGAUUUACAGCGCCGACGAUCCAGAUGGUCUUACAGAUGGGUUUGAUGCAUACGCUCGACCAGGACGUGCCACAAGAGCCAAGGCUAAAGCAGGUCCGAAGCGAAUUCGGAAGACCCGAGGAGCUCGAUGA